CCAUAACUUCUAUACUUUCUAUGGUGCCAUGGCUAUGGCAUGUUGUUGUUGGUCCUGCCACAUGGCCGUCGCCGUCGACAUGAAUAUGAAUCGGACUAUGGCCACUGGAGUAACCCAUCUUUUUUCUUUGAAUUCCCAUAAAUUUUCCGGCAACUGGGACACGAAGCUAUUUGGGUUUGUGUUUCAGAGGAAGGAGAGAUCAUUAGUACGGCGUCGUCUUAAGUUUGUUGUCAGUGCUGACCUCUCCAAGCCUUUCUCUGUGAACAACUUCGGUUUGGACAAACAGACUGUCAAGUCCCACAACUUAUCCCAGUUGCCGUGGAUUGGUCCACUCCCUGGGGAAAUUGCAGAAGUUGAGGCUUACUGUAGAAUCUUUAGAGCUUCUGAACGGUUUCAUAAUGCAUUGAUGGACACAUUGUGUAAUCCCUUGACUGGAGAAUGUAGUGUUUCAUAUGAUGUCCCAUCAGAAGAUAAACCGUUGUUGGAAGACAAAAUAGUGUCUGUUCUUGGUUGCAUGAUAUGUCUCCUGAAUAAAGGAAGGGAGGAUGUGCUUUCAGGAAGAUCCUCAUUCACAAAUUCAUUUCGCGAUGUAGAUUUAAAUGUAAUGGAAGAAAAGCUUCCACCUCUUGCCAAUUUCAGGGGUGAGAUGAAAAGGUAUUGUGAGAGCUUACAUGUUGCUCUUGAAAAUUAUUUGACACCUGAUGAUACCCGAAGCUUGGAUGUAUGGAGGAAACUGCAAAGACUGAAGAAUGUUUGCUAUGAUUCUGGCUUUCCUCGUGGGGAUGAUUGUCCAUGCCCUACAUUAGUUGCAAACUGGAAUCCUGUUUAUUUAUCUUCCUUAAAGGAAGACGUGGAAUCUACAGACUCUGAAGUAGCUUUUUGGAAGGGUGGCCAAGUAACUGAUGAAGGUCUGGAGUGGCUAAUGGAAAAAGGAUUCAAAACCAUUGUAGAUCUUAGAGCAGAGACUGUGAAGGAUAACUUCUAUCAGACAGCAUUAGACAGUGCUAUUUUGUCUGGGAAGGUUAAACUGGUCAAACUUGAGGUUGAAGUUGGCAUUGUGCCUUCAAUGGAGCAGGUCGAGAAGUUUUCGGCUUUAGUGUCAGAUUCCAGCAAAAAGCCCAUAUAUCUCCAUAGUAGGGAAGGGGUAUGGAGAACUGCUGCUAUGGUCUCUAGAUGGAAGCAGUUCAUGGCUCGCUAUGGAUUGCAAAACGUCUCCACUCAGACAGUCACUCCUACGGAUGUUCAACAACAAGAUACAAGAAGAAUGGAAGAAUUUUACAUCUCUUCGACAGCUUCUGAGGAAGAAAAUGAAUUGGUGCGAGAGAAGUUGGAUAAGAUUUAUGAUUCCACUGUGGAGUUUAUCAAUCAAGUCUCUUCACCUACAGAAAACCUCAGUAGUAAUGGAGCCAAUGAUGGGGUUGUACCCCACCAAGAACCUGGAUCAAUCCAAACAGUUGAUGAUACUGGAUUAGGAUCUUCAAUCCACUUUUGCAGUGAAGUCAACCCUCUUGAGUCCCAGCUGCCUCCUCCCAAUGUUUUCUCCAAGAUGGUGAUGUCCAGGUUUUUCAGAAGUAAAAAGAUCUCACCUGCAACAUACUUUAGUUGUGAACAUAAAAAACUGGAGAUGCUGUAUAGUGCAAAAUGGAGGUCUAAUGGGACAACUCGGAAAAGUGAAAUCACUGAGAGCUAUCCAGAAUCAAGGAUUAUGGAAGAAGCAAUAUCGAAUGGGUCUCUAAACAGUAAGAACUUAUCUUUGAAGUCUCUGAGUUUUCUUGGUAGUAAUGGCACUUAUCAAGAUCAAAAUAGUUAUUUAUCCUCGGGUCCUGGUUUGAAUGGAUACAGUAAAGGGAAACAGAAUGUCAUUAGUAACAUUGUUGAUCCUAUUGGUGUGAGCAGUAAAUUAGAGAGGGAUGGUAAUACACCUAUGACCAUGACAGUGGAUCAGAGGAGCAAUGUUGAAGCCCCAAUAUCUUCAGGUGAUGAUGGAGUGGAGCUGCUUGAGGGAAACAUGUGUGCCUCUAUGACUGGUGUUGUGAGAGUGCAGUCAAGAAAGAAAGCAGAGAUGUUUUUAGUUCGCACAGAUGGAUUCUCUUGCAACAGAGAAAAGGUAACAGAAUCUUCCUUGGCGUUUACUCAUCCUAGCACCCAGCAGCAGAUGCUUAUGUGGAAAUCUCCACCAAAGACUGUAUUAUUGUUGAAAAAACUGGGCCAAGAACUCAUGGAAGAAGCUAAACAGGUUGCUUCUUUCUUGUAUCACCAAGAGAAGAAGAAUGUUCUUGUUGAACCUGAGGUACAUGACAUUUUUGCCAGAAUCCCUGGGUUUGGUUUUGUUCAGACCUUCUAUAGUCAAGAUACCAGUGAUCUUCAUGAGAGGGUAGAUCUAGUAGCUUGUUUGGGAGGAGAUGGGGUUAUACUCCACGCAUCAAAUUUAUUUAGAGGUGCUGUUCCCCCUGUUGUCUCAUUUAAUCUUGGAUCUCUUGGAUUUCUCACUUCCCAUACUUUUGAAGACUAUAAACAGGACUUAAGACAAGUCAUCCAUGGGAACAACACACUAGAUGGUGUUUAUAUAACUCUAAGAAUGCGUCUCCACUGUGAGAUUUUUCGAAAUGGGAAAGCAAUGCCUGGGAAAGUAUUUGACGUCCUCAAUGAGGUUGUAGUUGAUCGUGGAUCAAACCCAUACCUUUCCAAAAUUGAAUGUUAUGAACAUGACCGCCUCAUAACCAAGGUGCAAGGUGAUGGAGUCAUAGUAGCCACACCUACUGGAAGUACCGCUUAUUCUACAGCCGCUGGAGGUUCCAUGGUAGGCAACCCUUGUUAA